UCCCGCGGUCUGCACCUGGACAACAGCGCCCUACGCUCAGCCUGAUUUGUCUUUCCGCGAUCGCAACAAAACUCAGCUACCCACACCACGUAGAAGAUGGCCACAUCGACGCAGCCGUCAUCCCUCUUCUUCAGAAUUCCCCUCGAGAUCCGGGAACAAAUAUACCACCACGUGUUUCUCUACUCUCGCUGCAUGCACGCUGCGUUCCCGACCCAGCCUCGAUCAUCCACAGCAUCACAACCACAUCUCAACGAUAUCACGCUGCGCUAUCGGCUACCAGACCCCAAUUGCAGGGAACAGCGCUAUGCUUCCGGCUACGAGCAUCUACAGAUAGAUUGGAUCAUGUCAUGCAAAGCGAUCUUCUCCGAAGCCUUGGAGCAGUUCACGCGCAACGCAGAAUGGGUCGUUUGUGGGAUCGAAGGCGUCAUAUGUCGGAGCUGCAAACAUUGCUCGUCCGAAGGGAGGCGAACAAGUGCGAUCAAGAGACAUUGGACAACACGGAUUCCCGUAAAUUCAGCGCGUAUUCGCAAGAUGGAAGUUAAUGUUGACAACCUGACUAACUUUGAAACACCCAAACGAUACGAGCACUGGGAUGAAUACGAUGGCAUAGACACUACCGAGCAACUGAAGGCGCUGAGUGAGGUCAUGCGCGCUGCCCACAUGCAGCUGGAUACGCUGAGAUUCGUUGGAAACAGUUACCAGCUCCGCGGUACUGGUAAGAGGAAGACGAAGCCUAGCAUCUGGACGUCUGGCUCAGAACAAACAAUAAACAUUAUGCAACAACUCAUAUCUUUUUUCGACGGUAUCAAAGUGGACAGGUGGGAACUUGGUAUUGUCGAUAUGCCGCGUUGGACUUGUUGGGUAUUGUUUGAAUGGGUUGAUAGCGAGGGAUUGAGGAUCAUCAGAAACGAAGGGCGUCAGAAAGCGACAGAUCCGAGGCCUGAGGAGGAUCUGUUGAAUUUGUUGCCGCCUGGGUGGGUGUUGAAGAUUCCUACGUGCGGAGACGAGGACUGCGAUGACUGUAAUCCGCUUUGAGGGACUAUCAGGAACAUAAUGGUGUAAUCAUUCCUACUCCUUCGAUGUAUUCAGAAAUUCCGACAACAAAAUAAGGACCAGGGGGAUACAGAGGUCGAUGAAAAGCCACCAAGCUGCACCGAAGCUUGCCACCCAGUCAAUUGGAAUAAGGCACUAUGACACACGGUAAGACAUCCCAUGCAUUAGAUAUCAAGAUGAGCUCUUGGGCGAAGGGGACUGCUAUAAUUUCGACUUCGGUGGCGCACUGGCGAAGCCAGAAGCAGUAAGGCGAUCUAAGUUCGACGGCUAGGAAGUUUAGCAUGUCUCAUGCCCAAGUCCUAAAAGGGGAACUCGCCGCUGCGGUGUGUCUGGCAGAAGGGUUUCUGAGAGCUUUGUGCAAAGA